AUGUGGGGCCCCCAAGUUCACUUUGUGCAGGGCAACUUUCGGUUUCUAAAGGAGCUUCUCUCUUUGGCUUUGGGAACACAAUUCGAAGGAAUGGUUGAUGGCAUCAUUGCAGAUUUAGGCGUCUCCUCGAGGCAGCUCGACGCAGCUCAUCGGGGCUUCAGCCACCGCCUCGAGGGGCCCCUGCUGCUGCAGCUGUAUCACCCCAUACCUUCCAGCAGCAGCAGCAACAGCAGCAGCAGCAACAGCAGCAGGAACAGCAGCAGCAGCAGCAUUGGUGUCUGCAGCAAUUGCAGCCACGUGCACGUACACCGUAAGUCUGUGGAGGUGGCCCUGGCUCAGCCCUCGCCCACCCAGGAGCCCCUGGCAAAACGCAUCAGUGAAGCUCUUGUAUCUCGGCAGCAGCAGCAGCAGCAACAGCAGCAGCAGCAGCAGCACAUGAAAACCUCUGAGCUGGUUGAGCUGGCCAUAAGAAUGUACGUCAACGAGGAGACGCUCGCGCUGCAGCAGCUGCUGCAGCAGGCGCUGCUGCUGCUGCGGCCUGGUGGCCGUUUGCUGCUGCUGUCAUUCCAUUCCAUAGAAGAUAAAAUAGCAGCAGCAGCAUUCAGAAAAGGCAAACUGUACCCUGCAGCAGCAGCAGCAGCAGCAGCAGCAGUUUUGGUGGAAGACCCCUUGAGGAGGGGAUGGCGAGGAAGACCAGUUGACUCUCCUGCUGCUGUUGCUGCUGCUGCUGGUCCUGCUGCUGCUGCUGCGAAGCAGAGGGCAGCGUGGAGGCCCCUCUUCAAGGUAGCAAAUUCGGUGCUUUGUGCUGCUGCUGUUUCUGCUGCUGCUGCUUCUGCUGCUGCUUCUGCUGCUGCUUCUGCUGCUACGUCUGCUGCUGCUUCUGCUGUUGCUGCUGCUGCCGGCCUGGAGGUCUAG